GAUAUUCCUGACAUCGUGCAGGCUCACUUGUGGCGAUAAACUUGAAUUUAUUAAAAUUUUCUUUUCAACCGAAGUGGUUUGACUUUCAAGAGUGUAAAAACAAACAAAACAAAACUAAGGAUUCGUAUCUCUAAGCUGUGAUCUAGGGAUUGUUCUUCUAGCGAUAGAUAGAGCCCGGAUAAUUCUUGUCAGCAUGGACUGCUGUUUAUCGGAUAGGGAAAGGGAAGCAAAACGCAUCAGUAAUGAAAUCGAUAAAAUUUUGCGCAUGCACAAAAAAAAGGGCCGCCUCGACGUUAAGGUGUUGGUCUUGGGCACGGGCGAUUCCGGCAAGUCGACGUUCAUCAAGCAGAUGCGCAUUAUUCAUGGUGAUGAUUACUCCGAGAAGGAGAGGCGCGAGUACAUAAAACUCGUUUUUCAAAACAUAUUUAUGGCCAUGCAGUCAAUGAUCAAGGCAAUGCGCACGCUUGAGAUUCCCUAUGGUCAGGAAAAGCAUGUUGAACUGGCCCAUUUGGUAUUAGGCAUUGAUUUUUCGACCGUUACCACGUUAAAGGAUCCGUACUUGAAAGCCAUUAAAACGCUUUGGAAAGAUGACGGUGUCCUGGCGUGCUACGAGCGUCGAAGGGAAUACCAGCUGAAUGAUUCAAUCGUAUACUUCUUGAGCAACAUAGAUCGAAUUGAAAAGGCUAAUUACCUGCCGACAAAUCAGGAUAUUCUUCGUGUUCGCGUGCCAACAACUGCCAUUGUUGAGUACCCAUUUGAUUUGAAUGGUUAUGUGAUAAGAAUGGUGGACGUAGCAGGUCAACGAAACCAAAGAAGGAAAUGGAUUCAUUGUUUUUCGAACGUGACAUCAAUUAUGUUUUUGGCAGCACUAUCGGAAUUCGACCUGUCAUUGGCUGAAUGUAAAAAUGAUAAUCGAAUGAUGGAAUCUGUAGCUUUGUUUCGAACCAUUAUAACAUUCCCAUGGUUCCAGAAUACGUCAAUUAUUCUAUUCCUUAACAAAAAGGAUUUGUUUGAGCUCAAAAUUAAGUCAACGCAUUUGGUAGACUAUUUUCCUGAGUAUGAUGGUCCGAAGAAAGACGCUAUCGCGGCCCAAGAUUUUAUACGUCAAAUGUUUUUAAAUGAAAAUCCUGAUAGUGACAAAAUCAUUUAUUGUCAUUCAACCGUGGCUACCAAUACGGCAAAUAUUAGGCUUGUGUUCUCAGCUGUUAAAGACACAAUUGUGGAGCUUAACCUUAAGGACACAAAUUUGACGUGACGUUUAUCUUGGCAAGAUGAAGUUUAUAUGCUUGAGUAUAGUAAUUCAACAAAUUCGAAGAGUUAUACAAGAAAUUUUGUACAACCCAAUUUUAAUAAACAAUUAUUAUUUAAAUAU